UCUACUUCCACUCAGUUCCACAUCUUUCUUUAUCAAACUUAAAUUUCAAAUAGCAUUCAAGUUCGUUUAAUGUUUAAUGUUUCAUUUCAUAAACCCGGAAUUUAAAUAACAUUAAAAGAUUGGAACACUUGGACGACAGCUUUAGAUAGUUAAAAUUUAAAGCCCAUUACUAUAUUAUUAGUUCUUAUUCCAUAGUGAUUGAGAUCCAAAACUCGUGUAUACAUUUUUAAAUAGUCGAAUUAGUACUUUAAUAAGCUCAACUAUGCCGACCUGGAAUCAAAUUCAAAGUCAAUUAAGAAACCCACAGAACCCUGUUGUAUUCUUUGACAUAUCUGUUGGAAGAACGGAAAUUGGUAGAUUAAUAAUGGAAUUAUAUGCAGACAUUGUGCCUAAGACUAGUGAAAAUUUUCGCCAAUUUUGUACUGGUGAACACAAAAAAGAUGGAAUUCCUUUUGGGUAUAAAGGAUGUUGUUUUCACAGGAUAAUUAAAGAUUUCAUGAUACAAGGUGGAGAUUUUGUAAAUGGUGAUGGAACUGGGGUAAUGAGUAUAUAUGGAGCAGAUACAUUUUCAGAUGAAAAUUUUAAACUUAAUCAUGACGCACCUGGACUUUUAUCAAUGGCAAACAGUGGUGUAGACACCAAUGGAUGUCAGUUUUUUAUCACUUGCGCUAACUGUAACUUUUUGGAUGGAAAACAUGUGGUAUUUGGUCGUGUCAUAGAUGGGUUGUUGGUAAUGAGAAAAAUUGAAAAUGUUCCUACUGGUCCAAAUAACAAACCAAAAAUUCCUAUUGUUAUAUCACAAUGCGGACAAUUAUAAUAGCUAUAAGUUGUACUUUCUUUCUCAUAUAUUUUGUCGCUCAUUUGUAUGCAUAUUAAAAAUAAAUAAAUAUCAAAUUAUA